AUGCAGUACCCAAGUGGCAUGCAACCUCGAUGGGGAGUAGAGGCUACACCUGAGCUCGAAACUUUCAGGUGGAUCAAACUCCUGUUAGACCCAGACUUGGAGUCAACAGAUUUCCGGGACGAGGAAUUGGAGAGGGUUUCGGGACAACGAAUCAUGCGGCUGCCAGCCGGAAAGUCGGCCGUGCGUGUCGUUGCCGACUACCUCAGCGGGAUCCGUAACCACCUGGAGCAGUCGUACAUUUUUAGUCAACCAAACAUCAAAAAGGCGUACUGGUUUUCCAUUCCGGCGGGCUGGUCCAACGAUGCCCAAGUGCGGAUGAGUGAGGCUAUCCACUUGGCCGGGUUUGGUCAAAAACCGAAUGAGGAAGUUUGCCUUGUUACUGAAAGCGAGGCGUCCGCGAUAUCCAUCCUAGGGGCAUCUGGGGAACGAAGAAAGUCCGGAAGCACAUUUUGCGUGUGCGAUGUGGGCGGGGGCACGGUUGACAUCGCCUGCUAUAUGAUCACGGAUGUAACUGCAACAUCGUAUUCACUCACCGAACUGAGCAGUGCCAUAGGCCCCAAGUCUGGGAGUACCAUCAUUGACAGAGAGUUCUUGAAGCUCAUGAGGCAUCGCUUCAACGCCUCCUUCAUAAAUCCGUUCAACGACGACAAUUCUGAUCGCAGAGAAAGACUCAUGAACGAAUUCAAAAAAAGAAAGGAAGAGUUCACUGGAGAUGGAAGUAACCAUCGUCUUAGAUUCCGGAUGGAAUGCUUUACGUCGCAAUGGUAUGACUCAACGGCAGGUCAUAUAAUCUUGUCCGACAGCGAUAUGCGGGCAUUUUUUGACACCGUUGUCGGCCAAGUCUUCCAUCAUGUGAACGAACAGGUGGACAAAGCCACUCGUGGUCACUUCAAGAUCGAUGAGUUGUUGAUGACUGGGGGGCUGAUGCGCUCUAAAUUUGCGCGGGAGGCAUUUUCGGAGGGUGAACUAUCUGCAUCACUCGGUGCUGCGCGAAAGGGCCUGAGCGGCAUCGUCACGAAGAACCAGACAUGUAACAAGAGUUACUUCAUCGAAUGCUCAGGAUUACGGGAGGAACCCGGAAUAUGUCUGCAAGCUUUCAUUGAUGAGCUCGAUGCUCCCGCUAAGCCCCAACAGAUUUUGGUCAAGGGCCAUGUCUACGAGGAAGAUAGACCCUACAAGACUGUAUUCCAUCUUUAUAGUCGCCCGGGGGAGCCCCCUGUCAAAACGUUCUUUCUGAAGAUGAGCGAUGGCCAAAAUUCGCGCGUACUGGCCCGGUUGACCUGCAAUUUGUCUGACAUACCCGCCGACGAACGCGCCCUACAACCUGCUGCUGCAGGCGGUGUAUACUCGCAUCAAUGCAUCUCUGUGACUGCGACAUUUCGUGUGAAGGGGUACCUGGAAAUCAAAGUGCAUACUAAAUGUAAGGUGUUGGCCCAAAAAAUGGUUCCUAGAAUAUGGAGUGAGCGUGCGGGUAAUUGA